GCACUGCGGGAAUGCGCUGAUCACUCUCUCUGGCUUUUGCCCUAAUGCGGAGCUCUGCCUGCCUGUCACAUACGCACUACACGGCUCAGCCACAAGACAUCCUAUUCAAGAUACUGAAAGGGAAAUUAAGUCUUCAUCUAGAGCAUCCAGCCUAGCAGAGGGCGUGAGAGAGCGACACCCACCCAGAUUAUCAUAGCCCGAGCCAGCCAGCAGCUGCUUACUACUGCAUUCUUCUCAGCACCAGUGACAGCUGUGUCCGGAUUUCUCUGCCUAUCAUCAUGCACUCCUAUUUCUAAAGAAAGCAUCACCAUUGCCCUAAAAAUGUAUUAGGCAACUGGAUCUGGUCUUUGCAACACCCAUUCUGCAAGCUACAACCACUUCAUCAUCACAGCAUCAUCCCCACCAUCCAUAGUGGUGGAUCUAGAAGGAGGAGGACAUCUGGAGGCAACCUCAUCCUAGGUCCUGCACAUCAUCACCACCAUCCAUCAUAGUGGUGGAUCCAGAAGGAGGAGGACAUCUGGAGGCAGCCUCAUCCUAGGUCCUGCACAUCAUCACCACCAUCUAUCCUUAGUGGUGGAUCCAGAAGGAGGAGGACAUCUGGAGGCAGCCUCAUCCCAGGUCCUGCACAUCAUCACCACCAUCCAUCAUAGUGGUGGAUCCAGAAGGAGGAGGACAUCUGGAGGCAGCCUCAUCCCAGGUCCUGCACAUCAUCACCACCAUCCAUCAUAGUGGUGGAUCCAGAAGGUGAAGGACAUCUGGAGGCAGCCUCAUCCCAGGUCCUGCACAUCAUCCCCACCAUCCAUCCUUAGUGGUGGAUCCAGAAGGUGAAGGACAUCUGGAGGCAGCCUCAUCCCAGGUCCUGCACAUCAUCCCCACCAUCCAUCCUUAGUGGUGGAUCCAGAAGGUGAAGGACAUCUGGAGGCAGCCUCAUCCCAGGUCCUGCACAUCAUCUGGAGGCAGCCUUAUCCCAGGUCCUGCACAUCAUCCCCACCAUCCAUAGUGGUGGAUCCAGAAGGAGGAGGACAUCUGGAGGCAGCCUCAUCCCAGGGCCUGCAAAUCAUCACCACCAUCCAUAGUGGUGGAUCCAGAAGGAGGAGGACAUCCGGAGGCAGCCUCAUCCCAGGGCCUGCACAUCAUCACCAUCACCCAUAGUGGUGGAUCCAGAAGAAGGAGGAGGACAUCUGGCAUCCAGGACUGGAGGCAGCCUCAUCCCAGGGCUUACACAUCAAAACCCCAUCCAAGGAAAGCCGGUUGGGGAGAUGACAGACUGAAAUUCGGAUCGCAAGACUGACACAACGUAAGGAGCUGACAAUCCUUUCCUGGGAUCUGAUUAUAGAAAGCUUUAAAGGAAGCUUGCGUUUCAUCCUAAGAAGCAAAAUGAAGUCUGAACCUGCCUCAUGGACACCCUAUAUUGUUUUACUUUUGCAUCUUGCUUAUGCUAUUGAAGUUCCUUUGGACCCAAUCAUUCAACGAGAGCUUAUUCAGCCGCCAACCAUUACUAAGCAAUCUGUGAAAAAUUAUAUUGUUGAUCCACGCGAUAACAUCAUCAUUGAAUGUGAAGCUCAGGGAAAUCCACAUCCGACUUUUACAUGGACCAGGAAUGGAAAAUUUUACAAUGUUGCUAAGGAUCCAAAAGUUUCAUUUCGGAGACGUGCAGGAACCCUUGUCAUAGACAUUUAUGGGGGUGGUAGACCAGAAGAUUAUGAAGGGGAAUAUCAGUGCUUUGCUCGCAACCAGCAUGGGACAGCUCUUUCAAAUAAAAUCUUACUUCAGGUUUCUAGAUCUCCACUAUGGCCAAAAGAAAACUUAGAUCCGGUUGUUGUCAAUGAAGGGACAUCUCUCAUUCUGCAAUGCAACCCUCCUCCUGGUCUCCCUCCUCCAGUCAUAUUCUGGAUGAGCAGCUCAAUGGAACCAAUUGUGCAGAACAGAAGAGUGUCCCAGGGUCUGAACGGAGACCUGUACUUCUCUAACGUCUUGCGUGAGGAUGCUGUGACAGAUUAUAGCUGCAAUGCUCGCUCCCAUUUCACACAUACCAUACAGCAGAAAAAUGCAUACACUUUAAAAGUGCUGACCAAGAAUUCCCGUAAUGACUCUGCAGUACAUUCCGUGAACCAUACUAUUAUGUAUCAUGCUCGAGGGGUUCCAGAGCGGAUACCAACAUUCUUACUGCCUAUGGGGACAUCAAGCACCAAACUGGUUCUGCGUGAUGAAGAUCUACUUCUGGAGUGCAUUGCAUCUGGAGUACCCACCCCAGAAAUAAUGUGGUAUAAGAAAGGAGGAGAGCUGCCCAGUCAGAAACUGAAGUUUGAGAAUUACAACAAGACCCUGCGUAUUUCCCCUGUCUCUGAGGAAGACAGUGGAGAGUAUUUCUGCCAGGCAUCAAACAGGAUGGGAAGUAUCAGACACACCAUUUCUGUUCGUGUUAAGGCGGCUCCUUAUUGGCUGGAUGAACCAAAAAACUUGAUCUUAGCCCCAGGAGAAAAUGGCCGCUUGGUCUGUCGAGCCAGCGGCAACCCCAAACCCAUCAUUCAGUGGUUGAUGAAUGGAGAAGCAAUCUCAACUCCAAACCCAAAUUUUGAAGUUGCUGGUGACACUGUCAUUUUCCGAGAAGUGCAGACCGGUAACAGUGCAGUUUUUCAGUGUAAUGCUUCUAAUGCCCAUGGAUAUCUGUUGGCUAAUGCUUUUGUCUCCAUACUUGAUGUCCCAUCGCGAAUGCUGGGCCCUCGGAACCAGUUCAUUAAAGUAAUUGAAUAUAAUAGGACUCAGUUAGACUGCCCCUUUUUUGGAUCUCCCAUACCUACUCUUCGCUGGUUUAAGAACGGACAGGGCAGUAACCUGGAUGGAGGAAAUUACAGAGUGCAUGAAAAUGGUACACUGGAGAUUAGUACCGUGCGAAAGGAGGAUCAAGGCAAAUACACUUGUGUUGCUACAAACAUCCUUGGCAAUGCUGAAAACACCGUAAGGCUGGAAGUCAAAGAGCCAACCCGUAUUGUGAAGGGUCCAGAAGAUCAGAUUGCUAGACGUGGCUCCACUGUUCGAUUGGACUGUCGUGUUAGGUGGGAUAAUACACUGAGACUAACAGUCAUGUGGAUGAAGGAUGAUACUCAGCUGUACAUAGGCAGCAGAAUGAAGAAGGAAGAUGAUGGCCUGACUAUAUUUGGAGUAGCAGAGAAGGAUCAGGGAGCAUACACCUGUGUGGCUAAAACAGAACUGGAUCAGGACUUUGCAAAAGCAUAUCUCACUAUACUAGAAACAUCUUCCUCACCUACUAGUCACCUGACUACAAUACUAAGAGACAAACCAGACUCACCCAUGGAUUUGGAGCUGACAGAUCUUGCCGAAAGAAGUGUUCGUCUUACGUGGACCCCAGGUGAUGAUAACAACAGUCCUAUAACAGGUUUCAUUGUACAGUUUGAAGAGGAUCGCUAUCAGGCAGGCAAAUGGCAUAACCUUGCCUCUGUUCCUGGUAAUGUAAACUCUGCUUUGCUUCGUCUCUCACCGUAUGUCAACUACCAAUUUCGGGUACUGGCAAUAAAUGAUCUUGGAAGCAGCAUGCCCAGCCCAACUUCUGAAAGAUAUCAGACCAAUGGGGCACCCCCAGAAGUUAACCCAAGUGAUGUCCGUGGAGCAGGCACUCGGAAAGACAACAUGGAGAUAACAUGGACACCACUGAACUCAACACAGGCAUAUGGGCCAAACUUGCGAUACAAUGUGAAAUGGCGACAGCGUCAAUCAGGAGAAGCCUGGAAUAAUGUCACUGUUUGGAAUAACAGGCAUGUUGUCUGGAACACCCCAGUGUACACACCUUAUGAGAUAAGAGUACAGGCAGAAAAUGAGUAUGGCAGAGCUCCAGAUCCGAACACUGUCAUUGGAUACUCAGGAGAAGACUAUCCUAAGGCUGCACCCUCUGACAUUAAAUUAAGGGUCACGAACAGCACUGCCAUCUCCCUUCAGUGGAGUCGUGUGACCCCUGCUUCUAUCCAAGGAAGCCUUGUGGAAUACAGAGCCUAUUACUGGAGGGAGAGUAGUUUGCUGAGGGGACACUGGGUCUCUCGAAAGAAGUUACAGCAGAGUUUUAUCGGAGAUCGCGUGCGGGGGAUUGUGUCAUUCCUGAUACCUUACAGCAACUACAAAUUAUACAUGGUAGCAGUGAAUGGGCGAGGGGAUGGCCCGAAGAGUGAUAUUAAAGAGUUUACUACACCCGAGGGCGCACCUAGUCAACCUAAGAACUUUAGAUUCAGUGAGCCAAAUCGGGAAUUCAUUAUUUUGGAAUGGAGCUCUCCAGAGCACCCAAAUGGAAAUCUAACUGGAUAUAAUAUACGCUACCAAGCAUUUAAUGGAACCAGAUUUGCAAGACCAGUGGUAGAGACGCUGUCUCCAAAUCAGACAAAAUACACCUUGACAAGAACAGAUCCUAUCUCACGCUAUCGAAUCACGCUGAGUGCCAGGACUCAGGUUGGAGCUGGAGAAGUUGUCACUGUUGAUACACCUCUCAAACCAGAUGAAGUUCCCCCCACGUCAGUUGCCCCUACGUCUCCAGUAUCUCCCACAGAGGCACCUACAGAAAUUCCAACUGUUCCCCUGACCACUCCUGGUACUACCACCACUGUUACUACUACGACUAGCACAACCACACUCUCUACAACUACCUUCAUUACUGCUACUGAAAUCAGGCAAACAACAGUGGCUAGCAUCCACGAAAUAGCGACAUCAGGACAACCUAUUUGGAACAUCACAGCUUUGCCCAACAGCCACUGGGCAAACAUCACCUGGAUGCAUAACUUAGGGCCUGGCUCUGAGUUUAUGGUUGAGUAUAUUGAUAGUAAUAACAUGAACAGAACUGUUCCCGUUAAGGGUCAUCCCCCCUCAAUUCAGCUGUCUGACCUGGUCCCCGGGAUGACCUACCGAGUACGGGUUUAUUCCCGGGAGCACCACUCAGUCACAAGCCCAUACGUGAUGUUCGAGACCAGCUCAGCUUACACAAAAAACCAAGUAGACAUUGCCACUCAAGGCUGGUUCAUUGGGCUCAUGUGUGCUGUUGCUCUGCUUGUACUUAUCCUGUUGAUUGUGUGCUUCAUUAAGAGGAGUCGAGGAGGCAAAUAUCCAGUGCGAGAGAAAAAGGAAGUUGCUUUGGGUCCUGAAGAUCAAAAGGAUGAAGAUGGAUCAUUUGAUUACAGGUUUUUUGGAAGUGACGAAGACAACAAGCCACUGCAAGGCAGCCAGACGUCAAUAGAUGGAACCAUAAAGCAGCAGGAAAGUGACGACAGCCUUGUUGAUUAUGGUGAAGGAGGAGAAGGACAGUUUAAUGAAGAUGGCUCAUUUAUAGGGCAGUAUACAGUUAAAAAGGACAAAGAUGAGACAGAAGGAAAUGAAAGUUCAGAAGCCACUUCACCAGUUAAUGCCAUCUAUUCUUUGGCAUAGGACACUGCUACUUCCUUCCGUAUUACUCUACUACCACAUCCAUGUCUUUGCCUCUCCUUGGAGCACAGGUUCCAUCUUCACGUGCAAGGUUCCGAUUUUAAGCCUGCACCUGAGUGUGGAUUGUGCUAACAUCCAAAGGACAACUACCAUCCAAAUGCAACUAGGAGCCAUGGAAGUGUAGAGCGCAAUCCCUUCCUACAGCUGCUGCAGUUCCUGUAUAAGCCCCACACAGUAUUAUUACCUGCUGGGACAUCCUUGAGCCUUGCCUUGCAAUCUGUUAAUUGUAGUUCCAUUGAGUUCCUCAGGUGGAUGACUGUCUGAUAUUCAAAAUACGUAGGAAAUUCUUCAGAAAGGGGCUGUCUAACUUCUCCUCACAGUAUUUGUUCCUGAAGUCAAACUCUUCUCAGACUGAGUUGAACUAUUCUUACGUUAUAGUGUGACAUUGCAGCAGUAUAAUUGAUAGUCAGAUAUGUACCUAAUCCCUAUAUAACAAAUAUGUGGUAACUAUUCUUUUUUCCCUACCUCCAAUUUUAACAUGAGUUAUAUGCUCUGCUCCAGAGUAUUAUGUAAUAUGACACUUAUAACAAAUAGGGCAAUAAGACACUCUGGGUUUGUGUUGCGUCAUUAUCAUUCCCCACAGACAGUGUCUUUUACUAUUUUUACUGCUUAUGGGGAACCAGGUACUGCCAUUGAACAAAUCCCAGUCACAUGGACCUUUGAUUGUAGCUGCUAUCUUUACAUAUCCCACUAUCUCAGUGUGUAAAAGCCAACUCCUGCCAUUAACCUAUUUUCUGCAAGAAGGAUAUAAGGAGCAACACAGUAGCAGUACAAAGAACGUAAAAUAACUGCAUUACAUACAUAAACCUUUACUCUCUGUGGCACUAACAAUCUAUGCAGAACAUAUCUGUCCCUGUCUUGUCUUCUGUUUGGAUCACCCAAUUUUUCGUCUACCUUUAUUUGGAAGAAAAUUGUCACUAGAAUUGUGGAGAUGGGACCAGCACCAACCAAUGGUGUGUAAAGAAGAAGACUUGGCAGUGCCCAUAUUUGUAAAUGCUUGUUAUUAUAAAAGAUCAGAUGCUGAAUGAAAGUUAUAAGCAAUUUUUUUUAUGGUAGCGGAACUGCAAAAGAUCCAAAGUGUACACUAAUGGGAAUGCUUAUGCAUAUGCAUACAUAUAAGAGCUUAUUUUUCUCUGUGGGUGUGGCACCCUUACAAUAUUGUAUGUGUUUCCAUUUUGUUACAGAUGCGUAUGCUAGGAAAAUAGUGGUGACAGACAUACUGUCCUACUAAUGCAUAUCAAGUGUAAGGAGAAGGCUGGAACUUCCACUGCCUAUACUGUACCAUAUCAGAGUGUGUUCAAAUUAAGGGGAGCUGGCACUGCCUUAGUAUAACUUAAGCUGUGUUCUGAAGCUUUGCCAAAUUGGGCCUUAACAGUCACCCAAAAUUAAAAGGGUGCCUUCACCCACAUCUUGUGUAGUAGUGGUACAAAGAUAUCCCAACUAUACUUAUAUAACACUCGGCCUUGUCUCUCCUUUUGCACUAAAUAUUCCUUCAUUUUUUAUGUUUGAGUAAGACUUGUAAAUAGUAACUUAAAACCAUGUUUAAAUACCACUCAGAGAAACAUUAAUAUAUUUAUAUCUAAUCAUUACACAUUAAUCACCUUUAUACCAAUGGAAUGUUGGUUUGCCCAUAUAGAUUCUUGGUACUAAACAAAUAAAACGACUUUCUUCCGCUGAGUGGGUUUACUUGCCAGAGUUGAAAUUUGUAAUAAAUAAUCCUCUUGCAAGAGAUGCUGCAAAGUCCUCCAAGACAGUAGUGUCCCGCUCAAUGAAAAAUGAAUAAUCAAUGUUUUUUUCACAAAAAAAGUAUCAUUGAAUCCUUUUUUAUGUUUGUUUGGAGCAAGCAGAGAACUGCAUGAGCACCACUAAUCAGUUUAUAUCUGUCUGUUGUUCGUUCCUCGUUCUGUCUUUUUUAAUCACUGUAAAACAAAAGAAAUAAAUUCAUUUUUUUUUCAAUUUCAA